AUUGUCAAAAGAGGAUAAAAAGUGUACUUCUGAAAAUUCAAAAACUAGAGAAAGCCAAAAACAUACAUCAAACAUUGAGGAUUUUGUAGUAAUUUUAAAUGGAAAGGUGUCUAAUUGGGAAUAUAUAUACACACACUUUUAUCAUUUAGUUUGGGUACAUUAAUUUGAAAUAAGGUUUUUUUAAAUCCAAACUUAUGUUUACAAAAUUAUAAAAUCGAUAAAAUUUUUAUAUUCUGAUACGUAUACAUUUUUGGUAUUAAAGGCGAGCUAGAAAUCCUUAACACAAAUUUUCAAAUUUGAUUGCAAUUAAAAAUAAGGCAAACUUUUAAAAACAGUAAAAUGUUUUAAAUAGAGUGAAAUUAUUAUUGCAAAUGAGUAAAAAGAAAAUUGUAAUACCUAAAAUGUCUAUUAGAGUGCAAUUUGAGAUCGGACAUAAAGCAGUUUUAAAAACAAGAAAAGCAGAGAAUCGUUUUACUCAUGAUUGGGAGUUGUAUGUAAAAGGCGUUGAUAAAGCUGAUAUAAGUUCAUAUAUUGAAAAAAUUGUUUUUAAUUUACAUGAGUCAUUCCCAAAACCAAAACGAACUUUCAAAGAACCUCCGUAUGUGCUUAAGGAGUCAGGUUACGCGGGAUUUAUUCUGCCUAUAGAUAUACAUUUUAAAAAUAAAACCAUGCAGACAUAUCAAUAUGAUAUAGAUUUGCAACCUUCUGGUCCUCCAGUACAUAAGUCCGAGAUUAAAAAACAUAUUUUUGAAAAUCCAUCCGAAGAUUUUCGCCAGAAACUUUUAAGAGGAGGCGGAGUUUUACUGGGAAACACUGAUGAAGAAAGAAAUCGCCACACUGAGUCUGAAUUUCAACAUAAGCCCAAAAAUUUAAGUAGCAGCAAUAUUGCACAAGAUUCCUUAAAGAAAAGUCAUAAAAUACGGCAAGAAAAAAGUAAAGUUCAAAAUUUUGAGAAUAUUUUUGGUAAACCUAUUACGAAAACAACUGUUACACCAAAUCCUACAUCUAAUCCGAAUAUUACCUCAUUAAAGUCUUCAUCUUCAUCGCAGGAACAAAAAGUGAAAUCCGUAAAUACAAGUACCGCUCAAAGUUCAAGUACUUCAAGGGUUUCCAGUCAAAGUAAACCUGAUAAGAUAGUUUCAAAUUUGAGUAAUUCAAAUUCGAAAGAAAAAAUUGAGGUAAGCGAUAAAGUAGAGAGGAAAGAAAAACAUAAGCACGGCUCACACAAAGAUAAAGAAAAAAUUAACAAGGAAGGAAAAGACAAAAAAGAUGAAAAACAUGAAAAACGAGAAGAUCGAGAGAGAAAGAAAGAUAAAUCGCAUUCCAAAGAACGAGAUCGAAGUAAUGAGAAGUCGUCAAAAACCAGAACUGAAAGUCCUCAGCGUAAAAAACCCAGAACGCAAAGCCCUGUUGUUGGUGCAAACAAUAUUCCACGAAAAAGUCCUUCUUGGAGUUCUACGACUGGAAAAGAUGAAAACAAAAGCAAAACCUCCCUUCAAGCCUUACCGACUUCAUUUCCAAUUCAACCUCAACCACAUCACCAAAAUACAAAUCAGUCACAAACAAACGAUUCUGAUAAAAAAACCAACAGCAGCAGCUCUAAGAAAUCUAAAAAGGAAAAAAAAUCUCAUGACAAAGAUAAAGAACGCGAUAGUCGAAAAGAAAGGGAAAAUAAAGCCCAGAAAGAAACUGAACAAAGCUCAAGAACAUCAAGUGCGACCAACUACCAAGCAACAUCUUCUACCCCUUCAGUUGGUUCGGCAACUUCUAGUAAUACUGAAUUAAACAAAACUCACAAACUAGAUUCAGGUUCUAUUAAACCACCAUCCAAAUCAAAGGCAGAGCAAAAGGUUAUGACUGAGACACUUAAUUAUUUUUCAAAUUCUAAUACAACUAACUCAACAUCCAUUACCAAAAAAGUGACUGACAAGCAUGAGAGUGAGGAAAAGCGCCAUAAGCAUAAGAAAAAGGAAAAAAGUAAAGAUAAAGACAAAGAGAAAAGCCGCGAUAAAGAAGCUUCUUCAUUAAAGGAGAAAGACAAAAAACGAGAGAAAAAAUUUAAUAAAGAGGACUUUAAAAGAAAUAAAGAUGAGGAUGUGGGAUCAAACGCAACUUCAAGUUCAAAUUUAGGUCCCACAGAAAGUUUGCACGAUUCUCUUUUCAAUUCGGACCACGAAAGUCGCUAUUCAGACACAGAUAAGGUAACUCAUCAUUCUGAUAAUUCCAGUCACAGUUUUGUUGGAAAGCUGAAUAAAAAUAAAACCUUUCAAAAUAAUGCGAGUACUACAGUGCAUAAACCAUUUUCAAGUGCGUUGCCAGUUCUUCCGCCAUCUUCAAAUGAAACUGUAACAUCUUCUGCAGAGAAAAAGGAUAAAAAAAAUAAAGACCAAAAAGUAGAAAAAGAGGAAAAGAAACGAAAACGUAAGAGUCGGGAAGGGGCGGAUAUAAAAGUGUCAUCUACCGCAUCUAGCAAUAAUAUCGAAUCACAGCCGAAAGUUUCAAAAAAGAGUGUGGUUGAUUCCAAAAAGUAUGAAAAACCAGUAUCCUCAUUAACCCAACAUCAACCACAUGCCGUUCAAACAUCAGAUUCAUUUAGGGCUCCUUCUGUAUCAAGUAGCUCUUCAAUAUCAAAUUCUUCAGUUCCUAAUGUACAACAUCACAACCCUAUUUCCCGUACAAAUAUUAACAGCGGAAAUAUUUCCAAUUCUGGAUUUGACCUCGAUUAUAUAUCAGAACUUAAGGAAUUACAAGAAAAAAUUAUGACUUUACAAGAUAACAAUGAACUGCAGAAAGUGGUGGAGAUAAUAGCGGCAACCGGACGGUUUGAAAUCACGAAUAAAACUUUUGACUUCGAUUUGUGUGCUCUAGAUCGAAAUACAAUACAACGGCUUCACGUAAUAGUUUAACAAUUGCGAACUUGGAAAAAAACACUUUCCUUCGUUUUUCUAGUGUUGGUGGCUAAAGUCACCAUACAUUGAAUUAAAGUUUUAGCAGCUAUUAUAAAAAUGUAAUGAUUGUAUCUUUUAUUGGCACUAUCUUAAACUCAUGAGUUUUUAAUUAUAUUUUAUUAUAAAAUUAUAACGAAUUUCAAAUUUUUCAUUGAUAUUUUAUUUAUCACUAAAAAUACUUCUAUAAUUUAAAUGCAUGCUUAAUUGUUAAAAUAUAUUUUUAAGGGUGAAAUUAUUUAUAUGCAUGAUUAUGAUAUAAAAAUUUAGAAUAGGUAAAAUAUAUUUGUUAAAAUAUAACAUA